GCGGUCUCUCGUUUGUUGGGGUGUGUGUGUGUUUGUAUCUGAGAGGACUGAGGGGUACUUGGGGCGAAACCGAACCGGUCAUGGCAGCAGCAGAGGAGGAGGACGGGGCCCCCGAAGGACCAAACCGCGAGCGGGGCGGGGCGGGCGCGACCUUCGAAUGUAAUAUAUGUUUGGAGACCGCUCGGGAAGCGGUGGUCAGUGUGUGUGGCCACCUGUACUGUUGGCCCUGUCUGCACCAGUGGCUGGAGACACGGCCAGAUCGGCAAGAGUGCCCAGUGUGCAAAGCUGGCAUCAGCAGAGAGAAGGUUGUCCCGCUUUAUGGGCGAGGGAGCCAGAAGCCCCAGGAUCCCAGAUUGAAAACUCCACCCCGACCCCAGGGCCAGCGACCAGCUCCAGAGAGCAGAGGGGGUUUCCAGCCGUUCGGUGAUACCGGGGGCUUUCACUUCUCAUUCGGUGUUGGUGCUUUCCCCUUCGGCUUUUUCACCACUGUCUUCAAUGCUCAUGAGCCUUUCCGCAGGGGUGCAGGCAUGGACCUGGGACAGGGUCACCCAGCCUCCAGCUGGCAGGAUUCCCUCUUCCUGUUUCUCGCCAUCUUCUUCUUUUUCUGGCUGCUCAGUAUUUGAGCUGUGUCUCCUUCCUGCCCACCUCCAGCCACAGGAGAAUCAGUAUUGGGGUCUCUGCUGCCCCUUCCUUCCUUCUGGACCCCCGCCCCCAGCCCCUCCUUUUUGUCAGCUCUGGCUCACCCUGAUCACUGUCCCGGAGGGUGUGGAGAGGAGGAGUGACAGCUGGCACAGGAUGAGAGAGCCCUGAGCUCUGAACUACUGGCUGGGAGGACACAUAGAGCAGUGUCCACGUCUCCUCUCCUGACCGUUCGCUUUCCCUCAGAUUUCUUGAUUUCACGUUGAAAGGUGGGCAAGAUUUCCUCCGACUCUCCCUCCUCCCCGUCUUAUUGGUUUAAUUUAAUAUUUCUCUCCCAGUAUCUAAUAUGAGUUGUGAUUUUAAGUGUUCACCCUCCCACUACCUCCUUUAUUACAAAUUCAAUAAAAAAGGUGAAAUGCA